GAAAAAUACAAUCCCAGUGUUGUCUCCAGAUUCACACACCCAGCGAUGACAUCUCAAAAAACAGCAGACGACUACAAAAGCCAAAACACAGAAGCUGAGCUUGUUCGAAGCCAAAAGCUUUAGUUUACUAUUCAAGGUGGGACCAAGAAAAAGUGGAUUUGCUCACUAUCUCGUCCAGCAGCGGGGUGCGUUUCACCACUGUGCCAUGGAGUUUCCAGAUCUCGGGGAGCACUGCUCGGAGAAGAGCUGCAAACGACUCGAUUUCCUUCCAAUGAAAUGUGAUGCCUGUGAAGAGAUUUUCUGCAAAGACCACAUAACUUAUGCAAAUCACAAGUGCACUUCAUCAUAUAAGAAGGACGUCCAGGUUCCUGUAUGUCCAUUGUGCAACAUCCCCAUUCCCAUCCGAAGAGGAGAAAUGCCAGAUAUCAAAGUCGGCGAGCACAUAGACAGAGACUGCAAAUCUGACCCUGCCCAGAGGAAACGAAAGAUCUUUACUAAUAAAUGCUCGAAGGGCGGCUGUAAGCAGAAGGAAAUGAUCCGGGUGACGUGUGACCAGUGCCACCUAAACUACUGUCUCAAACACAGGCAUCCACUCGACCAUGACUGUAAGACUGACAACAAGCCGGUCUCCAAAUCAGGGCAUGCAGCUUUAAUGAGGGCUCAGGGCUCUUCUUCCAGUAACACAGCAGCUUCAUCCACUAGAGGGAGCUCUAGGAACAUGUCUAAUGGAGUCACUGGAAACGCCAGACCUCAGAGCAGUAGUGCACCAAGGACAAAUACUGCACCUCCACCCAUGGUGUCUCCCACAGCACAGAAUGUAAUUCCCCCAUCAGUGUCCUAUCAAGCUGGGCUGACGGAGGAGCAGGCCCUCCAGAGAGCUUUAGAAAUAUCACUGGCUGAAUCUGCUCGAGCAAGCCAGCCUACUCUAAGCCCUCAGGAGCAGGAGGAUCUGGCCUUGGCUCAGGCUCUCGCUGCUAGUGAAGAAGAAUACAGGCGACAGCAGCAGAGACAACAGGUAGCCAGAAACCUUAGCAGUCAGUAGCAUACUAUGCUAACAGGACCACAUCUAGGGAGGAGUUUCCAAACAGUCCAGCUGCCGCCUUUCGUAAUGUGAGGUGUCGCUGACCAACUUUAAUCUGCCUCAAUCUGCACACAAGCACCAGUAAUGUAUCCGUGAGCUGCACAGUCCAGAAUAUAAAGCUUCUUCCUCCUGAAGGCUGUUAUGUUGUCUUCGUUCUUCUGUUUUGCGUCAUUCUGUAGUGCUUUUUAGAUGGGCAAUUCUGCCAUUUCGGCAAGUGGUGCUUCAUGUACAUAUUUUAUAUAGCUAUCAUGUUAAUCUGUCAAUCAAUGUAGAUGUUUUUGGAAAUAAAUUAUUUUAAAGUGUUAUUUCACACUCUGCUUUUAUUGAUCACACUUUCAACUAGAGCUACUGAUAUCUUCCAUUUCAAUUGUGAUAGCGCAGAUCAAAGCCCUACAACUCUGUAAAACUUUAUGAAACAUUAUGAAAUAUCAGAGAAAUGCAUUUAUAUUUAUUGCACCUGCAAUUGUUCUUUCAAAGAGCUAUUUCUACCUGAUUUACUCAAUAAAAUAACUAUGAAUUUAGACUGA